AUGUCCCACGAUUUACCUGCGACAUGGCCAUACCCGGAUUUCGCCCUCACUUCCACACUCCAUCAGCCGGCGCCCCUUCACGAAGCUCAAUUCCAACCGCUAGAAGGCUCAGCAUCCGCUCCUCGUUCCGGUCGAAGGGCACGAAGCACGUCGCUCGACAAGAAAUUCUACUGUAGCCUCUGUCUCAGCCAAUUCCAAGACCGCCGUUCGCGUGAUAAACACGUCGACAAGCCAAUAUGCAGCCAGAAGGCCGUCACUCGAGGCUUGCCUGUGCCAACGCCAGUGGACAUCGCCCGCAGUAAAACAGAAGGUCGGAAUGCGUACUUGCGAGAAUUAUCCGACGCUUGGGCCUCUACCGAAGGGAGGCGUGGCAAGCGCAGAAGAGUCCAGCCCGAACCCAGCAACACUCAGAAUCAACAACCUAUAGCAUCGUCGUCAACUUCGGCGUUGGGCCACCAACAGCCGAACCACGCUGACGGCUUCUAUGUCGGUCAAAAUGAGAGUGCACAACGUCUCUUAUCGCAUUAUGGGGCCAGCAGCUACGGAUUAGCGCAGAGACCUGACGUCUCUCCUGACUCAGGGUGGGGCAGUGACCCGCUGUAUCACGCCCAGCAGUCCCAUAUUCACGCGUUUUACGACCAGCGCGGUAUGGGCGUCGCGCACAACUUCGUUCCCCAACCGAGACAACCUGGAAACGAGAGCGCAAUGGCGGGUGUAAACUACCAUAACCAGACCUCCGAUCUGUUCCACCCUUCUCACCAACCGAUUACCCAUGCCACUGCAACAGUGACUCCCAGGACACGACCUAUCCAGACCAUACCUUUAGUCUCCACUCGUUAUCUGGGCUAUUACGAGCAAUCAAGUGGUCAACCGAGGCCUAUGUAG